AUGAACUCUACUGUUGCAAUGGCUAAUUAUAUUUUAACACCACUCACUAGCUAUAAUCGGAAGAAUUUAUUAAUCACAACAACAACAACAACAACAAUUAUUACUACUGAUAUGACCACUACUUCAAAAAUUGUUGGUACAACUCAAGUUAAUACUACAAAUGAUUUGAAUACCGUUCAACAACCAAAAGAAGCAUUUGUAACAUUUAGUAAUAAUAAUCCACACUAUUUAGGUGUACUCAAUGUUUUAUUAGAUUCUGUUCAUGCUUUUUCAACAAGACCUAUUAUAGCUUUUGGAAUUGAUGUUGAUCUUCACAUUAAUCUCACAAAAUAUCCUCGUGUUAUUAAAAGACAAAUAAAACAAACUGAUUGUGGACCGUCUGUCUUUUUUUGUAAAAUACAUGCUAUUGUUAGUAGUAAUCUCGAUUAUGGUGUUUUGAUGGAAACUGAUGAUGUAGUGAAUUAUAAUGUUGAUGUACUUUUUGAUGUUCUUCAUGUUUGGCCUUAUGCAUUACCAUUAUCUCCACGUCAUCCAGAUGAUCCACAAAACUACGAAUAUUAUAUGGGAGUAUUUAAUGUAACAAAACGUACGUUGCCAUAUAUUCACGCUCAUAUUAUUUGGAAUUAUCGAGCUCUACCAUUUUUGACACAUCUUCGAUCACUUUUACGACAAGGCCAUUUUGACGGAUCAAAUUUUGAUGAAACUGCUGUGAAUGUAAUGCUGUGGAAAGCUGGCGCUAAUCAUACACUUUGUAAAUAUGAUCCAUUUUUCACUUACUCUGAAAUUUAUGAAAGAUGGCCUAAUGUUACAAAUUGUUCACGGUAUUGUCAUACAGCAUUUGUUACACUACAUGGUAAUAAAGAAGCAAAUGUUUCAUCUGCACUUCUCACUCGACUGAAAGCAAAUAUUGGUAAACCACCUAUACAAACACUUGGUAUGGGUGGUAUGAAAUAUCUUAAUGAUACCAGUGCAACUUGUUGUUAUCCUGAUAGCAAACCUUCACCUCUUCAUCCACUUUUAUGUGAACAUUAUUUAUAA